UAGUAUUGGUAGGUGAGUGUCGCCAUUGAAGGGGAGAGAAGCCCAACUUGCAUUCAAUGAUAUACUUUAUCUUCCCCCUCAUCAUCUGUCUUCAUUUAUGAUCUUUCCCAACCUCUUUCUUCUUCUCUCUACCAAUUUCAAGAUCUGGUCCUCCUCGCUCACCGGAGGAGAUAAACGCAAUGGAUAACAAAGAGACCAAAGAACCAGCAGCAGCAGCUGCUGAGAAAGACAAUGGCCCGCUGAUCGAAGAUGAGAUCGAGAGGAGCAAAGUCGGGAUCAUGAGAGCUCUUUGCGACCGACAAGAUCCCGCAACUAAGGAGGUGGAUGAUCUGAUGAUAAGGCGGUUUCUGAGAGCGCGUGACCUCGACAUUGAAAAGGCUUCAACGCUGUUUCUCAAGUACCUGACUUGGAAGAGAAGCAUGCUCCCGAAAGGGCACAUAGCUGAAUCAGAGAUUGCGAAUGAUCUGUCGCACAAGAAGGUGUGUAUGCAGGGCCAUGACAAGAAGGGUCGACCCAUCGUUGUUGCCAUUGGGAACAGACAUAACCCUUCCAAAGGUAACCCUGAGGAGUUCAAGCGUUUUGUUGUCUACACCCUCGAGAAGAUAUGCGCAAGAAUGCCGAGAGGUGAAGAGAAGUUCGUAACCAUCGGAGAUCUGCAAGGAUGGGGAUAUUCUCAUUGUGACAUCCGCGGCUACCUUGCUGCUCUUUCCACUCUGCAGGAUUGUUACCCAGAGAGACUAGGGAAACUCUAUAUAGUUCAUGCCCCCUACGUUUUCAUGACUGCAUGGAAGGUCAUUUACCCCUUUAUUGACGCCAACACAAAGAAAAAGAUUGUUUUCGUGGAGAACAAGAAACUCACCCCAACUCUGCUUCAAGACAUAGACGAAAGCCAACUCCCCGACAUCUACGGAGGCAAAUUACCACUUGUUCCUAUCCAGGAGACCUAGUUCUUUUGGUUCCCACGCGGCCCACCUCUAUCCCCUCCCAAUUUAUUCACUAUUCUUUUUUCAUUUGAUAUAAAAUGAAAAAAAACAAAACAAACUUAUCGAGUGUUGCCAAAUGCCAACAUUUAUAUUUACUGUCAGAAAAAAAACUAAA